UGCCUCUGACUUGGCCUGUGUCUCUCUCUGUCUAUGCCUCCCCUCACUUGCUCUUAGUGCUGGAGCCUCAGUCCCUCAUCUUUCCGCCUUUUCUAAGUCUCUUCACUGGUCUUUGCUUUUAUCUCUCUGCCCCUAACGCAGAGUCUUCCUCUACUUCCAGGCUCUUUUCGGAGUCUGCAGGCUUCCCUCUGCAUUGACUGGGUCUGUUGGUCUGGUCAGGAGGACCUUGGGUCCUGCGGCUGUGGGUGGCCUGGUGCCAAAGGAGGGAGGAGCCCAUGGGGGCGGGAUUGGCUCUAAAGCCACCUCAUAAAGACGGGGACUGCACGAAGCUUUCUGGAGGAGUCCUGGAGGGGCUGUUUGUUUCGACAGGCAGACCCCACGAGCUCAGCUGGGGCUCUGCAGUGUCAUGCCCUGGAGUCCCCUGGCUGCGCUGAGCUGGGCGCUGGUGCUGAGGCUGCUGGCUUUGCUGUGGCCCCCUGGACGGGGUGAGGCGUGCAGCUGCGCGCCUGCUCACCCCCAGCAGCACGUCUGCCACUCUGCUCUAGUGAUACGGGCCAAAAUAUCCAGUGAGAAGGUAGUCCCUGCCAGCGAAGACCCUGCUGACACUCAAAAAAUGAUCCGGUAUGAAAUCAAACAGAUAAAGAUGUUUAAAGGGUUCGAGAAGGCCAAGGAUAUUCAGUAUGUCUACACGCCAUUUGACUCUUCCCUCUGUGGUGUGAAACUAGAAACCAACAGUCAGAAGCAGUAUCUUUUGACUGGCCAGAUUCUCAGUGAUGGAAAAGUCUUCAUCCAUCUGUGCAACUACAUUGAGCCCUGGGAGGACCUGUCCUUGGUGCAGAGGGAAAGCCUGAAUCAUCACUACCACCAGAACUGUGGCUGCCAAAUCACCACUUGCUAUGCAGUGCCGUGUACCAUCUCAGCCCCUAAUGAGUGUCUCUGGACGGACUGGCUGCUGGAACGGAAGCUCUAUGGGUACCAGGCCCAGCACUAUGUCUGCGUGAAGCAUGUGGAUGGCAUCUGCAGCUGGUACCGAGGCCACCUACACCUCCGGAAGGAGUAUGUUGACAUCAUCCAGCCCUAGUAGGGACCAGUAACCACAUCCUUGGAAGAGUUCCGAAGACCAAGCUAGUUCUCUGUGGUACUCUGGUCACCACCACCUGCCAUGUUGCUGCCAGAUAAUGGGAAAUGACAAGUGGAUGGCCUGGCCAGCAAAAUGGAGUCUGUGGGGGCAUGUGACAGCUUGUGUCUGUCGUUCACAUCUCCAGCUCACAAUCUGUCAAGGGUUGGAAAGUAGUUUGACUUAUCUUCCUUGCCCUCAGCCCUUCUCCCCUGUCUCCCAAACCUUGUUAGUCUAGACUAUGCCUAUUACUGAGAGUUUUUAUUCUGGCUUUGUUUAACUGGCUUUUCUUAACUCAUAUGAUAAGGGAGAAGCUGUGACUGUCAUAAAAUGUACAACCUUGUGAUGUAUGCUGUGGAAGAUGGGCUGACUAUAUCCUGAGCGAGCUGGUUGGCUAAAAUGAAAAGAAUACACUAAAGCUCCAUAUCUCCUA